CCUUUGUUUGACUGAAGAUGAAAGUUUUUCUCCUAUCAUGUAUUCUUCUGCCUUUUAAUACAAUUUUAUUUUCAUCACCUGGCCUAUCAUGUCCAGUUACCGUACCAACUGUAUCCUACGUGUCAAGGUGUCCGUCUAAUGAAACAGAAUGGGAAUCAGCUGCACAACAAAAACAGUGCAACAAACUGGCAACACUGCAGAGUUGCACUGACCCCGAAAAGUUUGUGUACCACUGUGUUUUAAGCAAAGAUGGGACCAAAUAUAUUGAAGUCUGUGCCCAAUCCUGGUUUAUGUCAGGAUAUUGUGCAAGAUUCAGUGUAGCAGAUGGAAGAAUAAUAAAUGAUCCAGGAUUAGACUGUACAAAAUUUUCCUCACCGUGUCCUACAAGAUUCCAGUCAAACGAAUCUUUCAAAUGUAAUCACUCCUUUUAUUUUGUAUACUCAAUGAAACUCGAAAAAUAA